CUGAACGCCCAGCUCCUCAAGAAGCGCGGCCCCAUGGGGUGGGCGAUGCGCACGCUGAGAGACAACCCAAUGGGCCCCGGUGAGAUCUACGAGGUGAAGAACAUGAAGACCCUCGCGAAGCGCAUCCCCGCCAUGGUCACCUGCGGCCUGCUCUACGGUUUCCACUACGACAUCCACGCUGCGCAGACUGGUAUUGCUGGUACGCCCGAGGGCAAGCGCAUGCAGCGUGUGUACGCGGCGGCCGAAAAGUACCCCAACGAGGUCGAGCACACCUACUCGUUCGUCCAGAUCUUGACUGCCUGCACUGCGUCUUUCGCCCACGGUGCCAACGACAUCGGAAACAGUGUUGGGCCCUGGGCUGUGAUCUAUUCUGCCUGGUCCACGGGCGACGCCGCUGCGGCCAAGGCCCCGGUCCCCGUCUGGCAGCUCGCCGUCCUCUCCGCCACCAUCUCGCUCGGUCUGAUUACCUACGGGUACAACAUCAUGAAGGUCAUGGGCAACAAGAUCACGUACCACUCGCCCAGCCGAGGCUCCUCCAUGGAGAUGGGCGCCGCCAUCACCGUGCUGGUCUUCUCGCAGUUCUCGCUCCCCGUGUCGACCUCGAUGUGCAUCACGGGCGCCACCGUCGGCGUCGGGCUCUGCAACGGCACCCUCAAGGCCGUCAACUUCCAGCGCGUCGGUCUGCUGCUCCUGUCGUGGAUUGCCACGAUCCCCAUUGCCGGAACCAUUGGAGGGGUGCUGAUGGGACUGUUCCUCAAUGCUCCCCAUUUCUCCUCUUGA